AACUCGUAACAGUUAACAUAAUGACGAGCCGAAUAUGCAGCGAGUCCGUCCAUGUUAAAUAUCCUUAUCCUUGCCAUCAUCCUCCAUGACCGUUUGCUUUGUUUCUCUGCAUGUCCUCCCCUGCAGCUGUUCAUUCGCGCUCGAAUUCCCCCGUCGAUGCUGUUACUCCCACUGACGCCGGAGAGCGCGGAAAGUCUCGCCCUGCACACUCGCCCCUGCCACGAGUUGAGACGGAGGCCCCGCCCAUGUCCACACCGCCCCCGACGAUCAAGCGCUCCGAUUCUCCGCCGCCGACCCUGGGUAAGCGGCCCCGUGCGCCUUCUGUCUCCGACCCUGACAAUAGGCUCCCCGUCGUCGGGGAAAGGAAAUAUCGCGGUGACAAGCCCCUCCAGCCGUCAGAGUACGAAAGCAACCGCGUCAUAUGCGAGACAUGCAGCACCAGCGUCUCUUUCCGCGACGAGCAUAGUGGCGAGUUUACCCUCAAGCACUGGGAGGCGCAUAGGAUUACCUGCUCUGAGCCAAACCGUACACCGCCGCCUCCAACAAAGCGCCGUCGUGCCAAGCGUACAGAGGACGAACGCAUCGAUUAUCUCCGCAACGAUCCCUACGUCGCCCAGUUCGAGGCAUACAGGGUGCUGUGUGCCUCGUGCGACAAGUGGAUUAGGCUCAGACCGAACUCGACCUAUUGCAGCAUACCUUGGGACGCCCACCGUAAAAGCUGUCUCUCCAAAAAGAUAACUUCUAAAAACACCUACGCUCUCGAGCAGCGUAACGCUGCGUUCUCAAAGGAUCCAGACGUCCGCAAAUUCGACGCUGAGCGCGUGUUGUGCGCUAUCUGUGACUGCUGGGUUCCCGUACCUGUCCCCGACGACGGCGAGCUGUGGGCUCACCAUCGUACAGCUUGUCGAGCGCGCUCUCUCAGCGACCAUCACCAUUCCUCGUCCAAUCAGAACGCCAACCCGUCGGCGUCGGCGUCGUCAUCGUCGUCGUCCCAGCCUCAACCCCAACCCCCGCCACCCCAUCAACCGACGAAUUCCCCGCCGGUUCAGCCCUCAUCGCAACCUCCGCCCCCAUCCACCCCUGCCCACGAGAGCAGGAGACGCAACGCGGAACAGCGAGCUGCUACUCUCCGCGCCGACGCCCUCAUUGUCUCUGUCGAACCAAACCGGGUCUUCUGCAGCCUCUGCCAGAAAUGGGUCCAGCUCCGACAAGACUCCAGCUUCUGUGCCUAUCCUUGGCUCCAGCAUCGCGGCAAGUGUUUAAUGCGGAGUCAAAAACGGGCACAGAAGGAGCGCGACCAGCGUCAUCCGGCUUCGGCACCAUACCCUGUCCAUGCGCAUCCUCCACGACCACGCACGGGGGUGGAAUCUGAAGAAGACGAAGAUGCAGAGGGCAGCUGGGACGAGGACGUCGUUGGUCCUCGUGUCAGUGGCUCGAUAUCAUUCACACAGGCCCAACCGCCUCCCCCGCGAACCUCCUCUUCGUCGUCCUCUUCCUACGUCGACUUGGAUAGUACCGACGGGCGGCUAUCUCAUAUCCACAUAUCGUUGAUACACCUCUUCCGGACAACGUACUCCCUUCCUGAUACGGAUCUGACAGUAGCCGCUUUGGUUGGGUUUCUUAAUGCGGGUAUGCCGGAGGAUCGGUGGGAGGAGUUUGAUCUACGCGAGGUCGUGAGAGGUGUUGGUAUUCUGGCUCGCGAGGGAAGGGGGGAGAGGAGGGUCGAGUUGGAAGGGGAUAUCGUUAGAUGGAGGUGAACCCGCUCCUCCCCACCCUGUUGAUAUGUUUAUUUCUGCUGUGCUCUUGUUAUCCGUUUUGCUUUCGUUACUGCUUUCUUGGAGUUGUCUAAUAUAGUGUAUGAUAUACGGCAUGUAUCUUAUUAUCGGAUCUUUGUCGUUACUGUGGAUUAAUUUACAGGAUAUGUAUGUUGUGUGGUGGAAUGUGCAUAGACA